AUGCCUUCAUUACAAACGCUAUACUUAAACAACAAUCAAUUUUUACAAAUAUAUUCAACAAUGGGUAUACAACAUCCAUUUUCAACAACAAUCAACACAAUUUUCAUAAACAAUUGUAAAUUAACCGUAAAUUAUAUCAACAAUAUCGUAAAUUUAACACAAUUACAUAUGUCGAACAAUAUAUUAAUAAACGAGUUAAUCGCGAUUACAUUUCAAAAAAAUAUUCAUCUAGAAAUAAUCGAUUUAUCAAAAUGUUCAAUAAAUCAUAUCGAUUAUUUAACAUUUUAUCCGUUAACAAAUUUAACCGAAUUACAUUUAUCGGAUAAUCGAAUCAAUUAUCUUCAUUCGGAAACUUUUUUAUAUAAUUUAAAAUUAUCGUACUUAAAUCUAUCACGAAAUCAUUUUAAAACUCUUGAACCGAUUCAAUCGAUUUCGUUAAAACAUUUAGAUCUCUCAUAUUGUGAGCUAAAUAUCAUUGAACGUAACACUUUUAAAUCGUUAACAGCUUUAAUUAGCUUAAAUUUAUCCAACAAUUACAUCGAAUAUCUUCCCGAUUAUUUAUCGAUAAAUAAUCUACAAUAUUUGGAUAUAAGCUAUUGUCGAUUGCUUCUAAUCACUGAUUAUACUUUUAUCGAGUUUAACCAGUUAACUAAGCUGAAGUUAAAUGGUAAUCGAUUUUAUCAACCGUUUAAGGAGACUAUGUUACCGGAUACGUUAACUUCAAUUGCGUUAAACGAUAAUCCUUGGAGAUGUGAUUGUUAUUCGUUAGAUUUAAAGUAUUUUUACGAUUAUUUAAAUAUCAACGAUUUAACAAGCGAGAGUAAUUUAGUUUGUUAUUCGCCAACAAAUUUAACUGGUUCUACCUGGAACAUAGCUUGUAAAAAACAAUGGUUCCGUUACAAUUUAAUCAAUAAUUUUAAUCAUCCAAAUACCAACACAAUUCCACAUUUGGAACGAGUUUGGCUCUUUUUGAUUAUCACUUUUAUUACGUUAACAGUUUUAUUUUGUGUGGUCUCCAAUGCACGACGAUUAGUGACGCAACGUGCGCGUCGAGAACAGGUACAAAUGGAACGAUUAGCAAACGAAGCUCGAGAACGAUUACGUAUGAUUCGGGAUCGACAAACGAUGAGUUUAAAUAAUAUUGCGGCUUCGACUAAUGCUCCGGAUCCAAGAGAUCUUAUAUCGCCGCCUUCGUAUGAGGAAGCUUUAUCUAUGUUACGUCCAAGUAUUAGUGAUUUACGUUUAAAACGACCGCUUUCGAUGUUAUCCACGGAAUCGACUCCUAACAAUAUGAUUUCAAUGAGUAAUGCACAUGAUCAACAAUCGAUAUCGGUUUCGUCGUCAGCGUCAUCGUUAAUCGUUUAUCAAGACAAUAAUCCACAUGACAGUCGAAAUAAUGUUCAACAAUCGUUAUAG